AUGGGCGAACUAGAUGACCAUGACCAUGAUCAUGAUCAUGACCAACUCACCACUAAGCGUCGGCGACGGAGUCGACGAGCUCCGUCAGAUCGCAAGUUUGAAUGCUCCCAUGAGGGCUGUGGGAAGAGCUAUUCGCGCGCCGAACAUCUGUAUCGGCACCAGUUGAACCAUACCCCCAAGCAAAUCUUUCGCUGCGACUUUCCAAACUGCCAUCGCUCGUUUGUACGGCAGGAUCUAUGUAUUCGUCAUCGCGAACGCCAUACUACGCGCGGUUCGCAACUGCAGAAACGCGACAGCUUCACGCACGACAACCUGCAUGGCUCCCCUCCGAAAUCUCUCAUGUCGGUGGUCUCACCCACAUCCCCCUCGAUGACACCGACGGACUACCCAUUCCUAGCCAACCAUCCUGCACCUGUUUCCAAGUCCCCGACCAAUUCCACAAAUACCUACUCCUUGCCAACCGCUACGCCCACCACCAUUGAUACAACUGGGGUCCCAGUGUCCGGUUACACCGACUUCUCAGGUGCCAUCAGCCAAACAGAUCCCCUGCUGGAGUUUGAUUCGAUGCAAAAUGCAUAUCCCAUCUUCGGCGGCGAGACCUACAACCGCUCCCCUUUUGCCAUGGCCGAUGAUUUUGCGGCUUGGUUGUUCAGCGAACCGCUGGCUCCCCUGGGGUACGGAAUGAUGCCCUUUGGACAGAACCAAUUUUACAUGAAUGACCCCUCGUACAACAACUUUUGUACGGUCAUUCCACAGCACCCAAUGAGCGUUACCAGCAUUCUCGAUUCAUCGUCCCUACCAGCGAUCAUCUCGGAGGAAAAGCGGCAAGAGAUCCUUCACCUGAUGGCCAGCCGCUUCAACGAAGCCGCCUCUUCCGCCGAAGGCAAACGGAAGGAUGCGCUGAUGGAGGGAGACUUGAAUAGUGACCGUCACGUGCUGAGUUUACGACUGAUGCAAACCUACAUUGGCUCCUACUGGUGCCAUUUCCACCCUCAGCUGCCGAUCCUACACCAGCCCACGUUUGCAGCCGAUCGCACGCCGACCCUGCUGCUUCUCGCGGUGAUGGCCAUCGGGGCAGCCACGCUCGAUAAAGCGCAUGGUCAAGCGACGACCGAGGCUGCUGCCGAACUGGCAACCUUUAUCGCCUGGCAUCUGCGCUGGGAGAUUUUCAUGGAUCCCGACUUUCGGCCUCCUGCGCGGCUUUGGGUGUUUCAGGCGCUGUUGCUGUUGGAAGUUUACGAGAAAUCCUUCUCGACGCGAGCCCUUCAUGAACGAGCCCACAUUCAUCAUGACACGACCCUGACUCUGAUGCGCCGUGGAAGUUCGCUGAUUGGCCGAUCAUCCUUCGACACCCCCGAGUCCCGCGAGGAAGACGAGUCGUGGGCGCAUUGGAUCAAAGCCGAGGCGACGAGACGUGCGGCAUUUGCGGCCUUUGUGCUUGAUUCGACGCAUGCGACCAUGUUUGGACACUCUGCCAAGAUGGUCGCGCAUGAACUGCGACUGCCGCUGCCCUGUGAUGAGGCUCUGUGGGCGGCCACCAGCGCCGCCGAGGUCGCCCGGGUACAAUCGAGUCUACAAUCGCACGGCGUCCGACCGGUCAUGUUCUUGGACGGGCUGAAGCGUACGUUGAACGGACAACCGGUGCGCACCAACACCUUUGGCCGCAUCGUCCUCAUGGCUGGCUUGCUCAGCGUGAGCUGGCAUUUGAACCAGCGGGAUCUCCAGGUGAGCUCGCUGGGCGUGGGCCAGACUCUCGGCGGGCGCGAUAAAUGGCGCACGGCGCUCUUGCGCGCGUACGACAACUGGCGUCGCGACUUUGACGAAGCUCUGGGGUCCGCGGUCACUGCGGAAUCGGAAUCGCGCGAUGUGCUGCAUGGGCUGGCACACAUGGCUUCCCACGUGGACAUCGCCGAUCUACAAAUCUUUGCUGGGGCGGGCCGGCUCAUGGGCCGAUCGAUCACGGCUCGUGAUUAUAGCGCUGCGCGAGAAAAGACCGUCCGGUGGGCAAGCAAGGCUUCCGCGCGCGAUGCGACCUUUUACGCGCUCCGGUUCCUGAAGACGUGUUUCAUGGAUCCCUCGGCGGAAUCGGGGAGCUACCUGGCCCGGGACGACUAUCUGUUGAACCGGCCUUGGGUCAUGUAUUACGCCGCUCUUGUCGUGUGGUGCUAUGGCUUUGCGCUGGACGGGCCCCUGCGGCCCUUGCCGGCCUUGGCGACGUAUGCGGAUCGCCGGCGGGAUAUGCACGCUUUCCUGCGGCGGGUUGGUGGUGUGGGAGAACCGAAUGACCUUGAAGGGAUUCAGGGGCGGAAUGGGUGUUUGGGGAUGUUGAUGAUCUUGCGAGAUUCUUUUGCCAAUCCCCGGUGGGAGUUGCUGGGAGAGGCGGCGCGGCUGCUGGACAGUUGCAUUGCCAAGUUGCAGUCAUGA